GUCCCUUUCCCUUUCCCUUUCUAAGAAAAGCGUUACUAAAAAGACAUCGUCGCCAAAAGAAACUCUGCAUACUUUUCCUUUUAGCGACGAUAAACUCUUUUCAAAAAAACAACGAAUAUUCCUUAUUUCCUCUUAAAAUGUCACAAUCAUAAAAUUAAUUGAAUUCUUUUUAAAUCAAUUCUGUUAUAUGAUCGUCACGUCUCAGUUUCUUGAUUUUUCAUGCACAUAAUUUUCAUUUGAUUUCGCAUUGGCGACGCCUGUAAAAACUUUUAGUUUUCUGAAUUCAAAAUUAAUUUGGAUACAGAGUUGUAUUAUUAUAUAGAAAAAUGCGAAACAAUUGGCUGUUUCUCAUGAAUUUAGACGAUGAUUCUCCGUUUUCUUUACCUAUAGAGCCGCUUUUAUCACAUAAUUUUAGGGUUCCGGCGAUGAAUUCAUUUGUAGACAAUUCUUUAAAUCAAUCAAGAUUCUUAUACAUCCCUGGUAGCAUGGCUUUUCAAGAAGCUCUCACAUGCAUGUCGAAGCUCGCCGGAGCUUUACUUUUUUUGUUCACUAGCACGUCGAGUUCGAAUUUGAGCCAGCAGAUUUCCGGCAAUCAGAGAGGUAUUGCGCAAGUUAAGAACAUUGCUUCUACUCGGUUUAAUAAUCUUAUCAGGUUUCGAUUCGGUUCGAUAUCGCAAACAGAAUCGUCUUCGCCGCUAGUUUUUGAUAGAAUCUCCAGUUUUAUGAUGAGGAUCAUUUGUAGAGAAGCUGACAGGCUUCAAUCUUUGCCUGUUCUGUCGUUGGCUACUGCUUUGGUUCCGCCUUUUGGAAAAUUAUCGCCGAAGGUGUUAGGUGUUCCCUUGGAGAAUAGUGAAGUAAAGUUACAUGGAUCCGUAGAUCAAAAACCUUGUGAAGUUGAUCGCCAUGGAUGUUCAAGCCUGUCGUUUCCCGAAUUAAACUGGACUCGACAUGCUGUUGAACCGAGGACUGGCAUUGAGUUUCCGAUGAUUUUGGACAACAUGUUAGCCACAGGGGAGAAAUCUAAUUUAACUUCAGAGGUACUUGUCGGAACUGGAUCCAGAACUAUGACAAUAAUCAAAAUAAAGUCUUUGAAGGUUUAUGCCUUUGGUUUUUAUAUUCAUCGCAACUCUGUAUGUGAGAAAUUGGGCCCUAAGUAUUCCUCUGUUCCAGCAGUUGAAUUAAACAAAUGCCGCGGCUUUUAUGAUGACCUUCUCAGGGAGGAUAUUGGCAUGACCCUCCGGCUUGUGAUAAAUUGCAAUGGGAUAAAAAUCAAUACUGUAAAGGAUGCUUUUGAGAAAUCUCUUCGAAACCGUUUACUGAAGACAAACCCCGACACUGAUUACAGUUGCUUGAGUACAUUUGGCUCAUUCUUCACAAAAGAUAUUCCACUACCUGUGGGAACAACAGUUGAUUUUCGCCGAACAGCUGACGGGAAACUAAUAACUGAAAUUGGAGGUAAUCAGAUUGGAGCUGUCCAUAGCAAGGAAUUAUGCAGGGCGUUCUUCGACAUGUAUAUCGGAGAUAUUCCUGUAUCGGAGCAAACAAAGGACGAGAUAGGCAAAAAUGUAGCUACUUUGAUGAGAAGGUGCUAAGCUGACUACUUCAAAACAUUUGACUACCCCAAUUUUGAACGAUUAAUCUGUUAAUACUUCUCAACUGUCCGUUGGAUGACACACUUUCGAGAUGAUUGGCCGUACGUGAUUUGGAGAAGUGCAGCCUGGAGUUUAACAAAGUAGUGCUGCUAAUGCUUUGCUACUUACCAAAAUGUUGUCUACAAUAGGUUUAGUGAAUCGACAUUGAGAAAAAAGGAAAUGAAAAAGCUGGCUAUUGUAGCUUUUCUGGGGAAAUUCUGUUUUUCAUGGUUCCCCAUGAUGUAUUAAUAUUAUCAUAGUCCAAAUAAAAAAGUGUAUUAUUGGGUAGAAUUUUUAA